UCAUCACAAAUAUCUGCUGUUCCCGAAUAGUCAAUUAGUGUGAAAGACUGAUCCAAACAAUAGAAUAAUAAGAAAUGGGACAGAUGAGGUUAGAAGCAGCGGUAGUAGCCGUAGUAAUAUUGUCAAUGGUGGUGGGCAUGCCAAUGGUAAUGGGAGAAUUGAAUCUACAGAGCGUGCUGGACCAAGCACAACAGGCAGGGAUCUCUCAAGAGACCAUAGAACAGGCCGCAAAUAGUGAUGAAGCCAAAAAAGCUCUCCAGGACGGCACUGCUCAGCAAGCUCUGAACGAUGCCAAGACGCCAUGAGUGAGAGCAGUCAUGGUGGAUCGCCCUGGAGUGACUGGGUUAAGAGCAACAUUGGCCUGGGCAAAGGGAGUCCAGCACCGCCUCCGGAAGAUUCGGGAUCGCCACUCGUCGGAGAUAUUGAACUUUCGCCUUCACCUUCAGAAGCGCCGGUAGAGUCGCCUGAAACGGCGCCGGCAAGUGCGCCGGAGGGAUCAUCUCCAUCACCAUCACCAUCACCCUCGUCGUCAACACCGUCUCCAUCGCCAUCACCGACAACAUCUCUAUCUUCAUCGCGGUUAUUUUUGGCCCCAAUAAUAUCUCCAUCGCCGUCGCCGUCGGUGGAAGCACCAGAAGUGGCCCAAGAGGCCGAGGAUGGACCGGUAGGUGCACCGUCAUCGCUGGCUCCCGAAGCAGCGUGAGGUAACAACGUAGGAAACAAGUUAAAUUAAACAGCAUAUUUCUCAAUCAAAAAAGUUCUAACCUGACUCGCACAGUUAACAGGUUUUAAUGUAGGCGUAGAAUCCACCAUUUUUCACUCUCCUCACAAGUAAAAUGCAGGGUUUAGAAAGACAAUGGCUGCACAGAUGUUGUAUACCAGAUUUCAAUUAAUAUCAAUAAAUCAUACCUUUAA